AUGAGUAAGCACAAAAUAAGUAAACAAGUACAAGAUAGACAAGCACAAGGUUGGCAAGCACAAGGUGGGCAAGCACAAGACAGACAAGUGCAUACUGGGCAAGCACAAAGUAGGCAAGCACAAGGUGAGCAAGUGAAUAGUAGGCAAGCACAAG